AUGGUCGAUGUUCGGUGGGCUAAUUUUCUAACAGCAGAAAUAUUUAUGAUGAUUCUGAAGGCCCAUAGUUUUCAUCCAUAUAAAAUUCACCUGGUACAAGAACUUAAUGAAGGCGAUUUUGAUCGGCGAUUACAAUUUUGUAUAGAUAUGAACGUCAUAGAUCCUGCAUUAACAGCCAUAAUUGAAAAUCAGAGUGGUCGGCGGUACAUUGCGAAUAGGUUGAUGUUCCAACAGGAUGGUGCCCCACCACAUUACGCAUUACGUGUUCGACAAUAUUUAGAUCAGACGUUUCCAGAUCGAUGGAUUGGUAGAGGAGGUGCCAUUGAAUGGCCCCCAAGAUCGCCAGAUUUAUCACCUUUGGAUUUCUUUAUGUGGUGUCAUUUAAAAAGCAAAAUCUAUGCUACUCAGCCAACAUCAUUAGAAGACCUGCGACAAAGAAUUGUGAAUGAGUGCCUCCUAAUUACUCCUCAAAUAUUGCAAAAUGUGCGGCAACGCUUUGACCAAAAUCUUUAUUAUUGCAUGGAGAGUCAUGGUGGCCAUUUUCAACAUUUCAAAUUACUUUACUGA